AUGGCUGCCCCAGGUGGAAAGUUUUUCGUGGAAGAUUCGCUCGAUACUCCAGCAGGCCACCACGAGAGCUUCGAGAAGCUKUGGCAAACCAAAUGGCAGAUGCCCUGCAAGCUUGGUAUAUAUCCAUUCAUGUUUAGUGCAUACCAGGACUUUGAACCGAUCGUGGAACGCCUUAUCGCCKAAGACCAAAAGGAGCCUUAUGACUGGGACAAGUAUGCAGAAGCCUUCUUCCCAAAAGCAGAAGAGCUUGUUGGCCACGCAGAGAAAGCAGAGCGAGAGCAAAACAAUGAGAAGGCCUCUGAAUUUUACAUGCGUGCAUCAGCAGUCUAUCGAAUUGCUCGCUUCCCUGCGCCUCGCUCAGAAAGGCAGCGAUAUGCAUGGCAGGAGGGCAAAAAGGCCGCAAAUAAAGGUCUAAGACUACGUGAGCGUCCAACUGAAGAAGUCCUCAUUGCCCACACGCAUCGACUAGAGCAUGAGGGAGAAGAGAUGCCCGUCUAUUACCACUUGCCCUCCGGAGCAUCGAAGAACAAACCUGUUCCAUUAUUGAUCAUCCUCACUGGAUUGGACGGUUACAGAACCGAGCUCGCAGUUUGGAUCGAUGGUUGGGCGCAGAUGAACGUGGCGACUAUUGUGCUUGAGAUUCCCGGUACCGGCGAUUCGCCCGCUGAUCCUAGUGAUCCAACUUCAGCAGACCGGCAGUGGUCCAGUCUAUUUGAUUGGAUCGACAAGCAGCCAGAAAUUGACCACAGUAGAAGGGCCGUUUGGUCAUUCAGCACUGGCGGCUACUAUGGAAUCAGAAUGGCACACACGCACGCAGACAAGCUCGCAGGGGUGGUUGCCCUGGGAGGCGGAUGCCACUACAUGUUCUCACCGAAAUGGCUUAGCAAAGUCAACCAUCUUGAAUAUCCCUUCGACCUUGCAACCACGCUCGCAUACAAGUUCGGAUAUGGAGAUGAUUUGGAGAAAUUCAAGGCACAGGCUAUGAAAUUUUCCCUGCUCGAGGACGGAACGUUGGACCAACCAGUCUGUACCAGAUUGCUGCUUGUGAACGGCGUUGAGGAUGAGAUAUUCCCUAUCGAUGACUACUAUCUGGCUUUGCAGCAUGGCUCGCCAAAAGAGGCACGAUUUGUUGACAAUAGGAAGCAUAUGGGUGAGCCGGAGAGUUUCUUCGUGAUUCUUCCUUGGCUCUACAAGCUCUUCGGAGUCGAAGGCAACGCAGCGGACCAAAUGAAGGGCAUUCCUUCGAGACCGAAUACAAUGGACUCCAACGAUGACUUCGACAUUGACCCCGCAAUCGCAGCGGCAAUGGGCUUCUCAGGUUUCGGCACAGCACCCAACAAGAAGCGAAAAUACGACAACGACGGCUUCGUCGAUCCAGACAUCAUCAGAGGACCACAAGGCACAAGCGCAAACAAUCUUCCAAUCGGCGAGCGCAAAAGCACCAAAUCCACCGAGGGUGCAGCAAAUUCUUCUUCUUCUUCUUCUUCUUCUUCUUCUUCUUCUUCUUCUCACAACACACAACAAGUCCCAUUCAGAUCUGAGCCUCAAAUCGCAGCGCAUGAGACUGAUGGUGAUGGCGCACCAACUCUGCAGGCGCUGAGAAAUGGURUGCGAAAUGAGAGAGGCGAUCUUGCAAUCUUCUUGCCGAGUUUCAUUGAGGAUCCCUGGGCUGGUUUGAAGGCACAAUCAUAG